AUGGCUGCUUCAUUAACCGGCACUGACCAUAAUUUACCCUUUUCACAGCCUGUUUGUCAGAACUGUCAGACAUCAACCACCCCAUUAUGGCGACGCGACGAGUCCGGGUCGGUCCUCUGCAACGCCUGCGGACUUUUCCUCAAACUACACGGCCGCCCACGCCCAAUCAGCCUCAAAACAGAUGUCAUCAAGAGUCGCAAUCGAGUCAAGACUUCCAACCAAGGUCCUAAGAAGAAGGUAAGCGUUGCAGACAGCAACGAUGCUCGCAUCCCUUUGCCGGACCAAGGCUUAUCAGCGCAGUUGGAACAAAAUGGCAAUUCUACCGGGCAGGCCGAGAUGGCCACUCCGCCGCACGGAGCGAAUGCGCAUCGACGCGUCUCGCAGAUGGCUACGUCUGUAGCCUCUGACCGGUCACAUUCUCCAGUUUCCCGAACAGGAACACCGGGUGUUACACACGAUCCCAACAUUGCACCGCAACACGUCUUUGACGGUGCAUCAUCACAUCUGCCCGAGCAUCACUUUGCGAACGGCUCUCCUUCUCUUCCUCCCCUCAACCAACCGUCCCCUAACACAAAUUCGGUCGUCAACGACCGACACACCGAGUUGCCCAUGUCCUAUGAACAGUUGGUGACCGCCAAUGCCAACCUACGAACUCGAGUGUCGGAGCUGGAAGUCAUCAGCAUGGUAUACUCGGACAAUGAAAACAACAUCCGCAAGGAGCGUGACCGAGCCGUCCGCGAACGAGACGAGUUGAAACGGAAAGUCGAGCAGUUGGAAAGGAAACUGCAAGACAUCCGCGAAGCGAAAGAGGAACCACCCUCCAAAAAGCAACGAUUGUCCGAUCAAUCUUGA